UCCGUAUUAUUGAUAGAGGGAUAGUUUGCUUCUGGUAGAGAGAUCAUCCCUCGUGAUAAGCUUAUCCCAAGCCAUCCGGAUGUCAGCUUCUAAUCCUAAUCCUAAUCCUGUUUCUAGAAUCUACUCUUCGAUGCCCCUCAUUCUAUUUCUGGCUAUUGUAUCUCACGGAUAUUUCCAUAAGAGACCAAAUCCAGAACAGCGAGAAAUAAUGGAGUCCGCCUUACUGAAAAAUCCCGCCACCUUUUUUUAUCGCUGUAUGUUUCAUCUCUGCAGUGAAUGAAUGGACCUGCAUCAUUCACCGUGAACUGUUGGAGUCCGAU